AUGGAGGGAUGGAGGGAUGGAGGUCGGGCCUCGCCGCCGGGGCUGAGGGGAGGCGAGGGGGCGGGAUCCCGGGGCCGCGUCGCUCCUUACCUCGAGCCUCGUCAGGCCGCCCGCCCGACCGCCCGCCGUCCUCCCCUCACGCGGACUGCGACGCAGCUGGAGGGGGCGUGGCCUCCAGGGGCCCCGCCCCCGCCCCGGACGGGCCAAUGGGCGCCGCGCUCGGCCGAGGCCCCGCCCCCGGGCGGCUGCCGCCACUCCCGAUUGGCCCGCGGGGACGGUCCCGGCCGGCGUCUCAGCUAUAAAGGCGGCGGGGGCCCGGCCGGGGCCGCCAGUGCCGCCGCCAUGCCGAGGGGCUUCCUGGUGAAGCGCAGCAAGCGGGCGGGCGCCUCCUACCGCGCCCGUCCCGCCCCGGACGAGCCGGCCGGCGACCCCCGGGGCUGGGCCGACCCCUUCCCCUCCUCCGGGGCCGCGGCCUUGGCGGCGGGAGCCCCGCCGCGGGCCCCCCGCCCCCCGCCGGGGCCGGCCCGGAGGGCCAAGCCGCCCAGGAAGCCCAGCCCGGCCGACGCGGUGACCACGUCCCCCGUGCUGGGGCUGCGGAUCAAGGAGGAGGAGGCGGCGGAGGAGCCCCGCGGGGGCCGCACGCCGCUGGGCGAGUUCAUCUGCCAGCUGUGCAAGGAGCAGUACGCCGACCCCCUGGCGCUGGCGCAGCACCGCUGCUCCCGCAUCGUGCGGGUGGAGUACCGCUGCCCCGACUGCGACAAGGUCUUCAGCUGCCCCGCCAACCUGGCGUCGCACCGCCGCUGGCACAAGCCGCGACCCCCGCAGGACCGGCAGCCCGUUGCUUCCUCCUCGUCGUCGUCGUCGUCGCCCCGCGAGGGCAAGGAGAACGGCGGCGGUGGCGGCGUUGGCGGCCCGGAGCGCGCCGCGUCCCAGCACCGGUUGGGCGAGGACAGCUCCCCCGGCGGGCCCGAGCCCUUCCCCUGCCCCUGCUGCCACCGGCGGUUCCGCCGCCAGGCCUACCUGCGCAAACACCUGGGCAGCCACCAGGCCCCGGGCCCGGCCCUCCCGGGCCCGCCGGCCGAGCCGGGGCCGGGGCCGGGGCCGUGGCCCCCCCAGGUGUUCCCGUGCCAGCGCUGCCCGGCCACCUUCUUCAGCGGCCCCGGCCUCACCCGCCACGUCAACAAGUGCCACCCGUCCGACGCCCGCCAGCUCCUGCUGCUGCUGCAGGUGCCCCCGAUAAGGCCCGGCUGCCGAGGGGGCCCCGACGCCUGCCUCGACCACUGCUAG